AAUAUACUGAUCUAUGGACUUGACUAAGCUAUGAAAUAAACUAUGUACUAAAUAUAAACUCUAGUCAAUUCUAAUCAACUGUUUUGCCCACUGUGUAUACAUAUAAAAUAUUUUCCAAUCAAACUUAUACAACUUGUAUGAGCAACCACGUCAUACCACACCUCAACUGAAAUAAUAUAUGUUGUCUUUCAUUCCAUUUAAUAUUAUUCACACAUUCAGCUCAAAUACACAACAAUUUGCGCAGAGAAAACGUGUAUGCACAUACUUAAAUAAAACCCUGCAGUUUUAAAUGCAACUAUGUCUACCAUUAUUUUGAGUUGUAAAAUAAUUGUUUACCUUAUGCAUCACAGGUAAUACAAUGUGCAGUUGCCAAAUGCCACUUGACCUAUUCGCUGUAAUCUACAGUUUAAUCAGUUUAAAUUUUCUUUCGAUCUUUUUCGAAACUCAGUUUUAAUAUAUAACAGGUAAAAUCGUUGAUUUUUUUAGCUACCCCAGAAUUAUUGGGUAUUUUUCUUUAAUCUUUUUUUUUCAUUCUAUUCAUCCAUAAGAGCGAAAGAGACAAAACUAUGCAAAUUUGUUCAAACUGGUUGUCAGACAUCAUAUGUUUAUUCAUGAAAACUGCACAAACGAGAGGAUAUUGUUCAGUUUGGUAUGUUUUUUGAAGUGGUAACAUGUAUUUUUCGCUUGAAACUUUAUAGUAGAUGAAAUAUAUAUAUUUUGUUAAAUCUUUUUUGUAAAGAAAUACACAAACACACCCUUGUUUGUGCAGUAUCAGCGAGUUGUGGCAAUAAUUUGAAGCAGUCUGGUGAAAGUGUGUUGUUUUAUAAUUUUUUUUUUGAAAUUUAUUUUAUUUACAAUUUGUGGUGACUGUACCUAAAUCAAUAUCAUAUUAACAUCAGUCUGUGGGAAAGUAGUUGAAAAAAAAAACAAUCAUGGAAAAAGAACAUAUGAAAUUUUGGCAAGAAUUUUUUCAUCUCUACAAAGAGCUACCCGCUUUGUGGCGUAUUAAAAGUACCGAAUAUUCAGAUCGUACUUUAAAAGCCAAUUGUUAUACAAAACUUGUAGCAAAACUUAAAGAAAUUUAUCCGGAUGCCGAUCGUGAAAUGGUUGUAAGAAAAAUUAAUAACUUUCGUACAUCAUACAGAAAGGAAUUGAGAAGAAAGAGAGAAAGUCAACGUUAUGGUAGAGUUCAUAAGCCAACACUAUGGUAUUUUGAUUGUUUAUCAUUUUUAUAUGAUCAGGAUGAGUGUGGUUGUGGAAGAUCAUUGGUGAGCGAAGAAGAGAAUACAGAAGAGAAACCAACAACUCAAAAACCCAUAAACCAUCAACAGUUUCCCGCAAAACGUAACCAUAAUAUCAAGGAAAGCGAUGAGGAAGAGAAUUUACCUUCUUCAUCAAAAAAGUUAAAACUGAGUCAUCGUUAUAUACAACCCAUUAAAUUGUCACAUGAAGAGCAAAAGCAAGCCCAACUCGAUGCCGAUAUCUUAGCCAAAUCCUGGGCUGUACAAUAUAAAGAAAUGCAAGGAAAUCAAAAAAUAAUAGCAAGAAAAAUUAUAUCAGAUAUUUUAUUUCAUGGCUGUAUCGGUACGCUGAAUAUGUCUCAUACUGUUGAUAUACAAGAAAUACUCUUGAGAUCGUCUAGCGAAGAUCAACUAAUGCAUCACGUGCCAGUUACACAAUCUAACAUGGAUUCAAAUGAUUCAGAUCAUGAUUCUGAUCAGGAAUUUAUUCGUUAUGAGUCUGUUAGAGAAUCAUCACCUAUACCGUAUAAUAGUUCCAGUCGAUCGGUGUCACCAUCGAAUUUACAAGAUGGUCAAGAAAUCGAAAUUAAAUUUGAGCUGCCUUAAGGGGGGAGGGGGACGAGUGGCAAAUUGGAUUUAUGAAAUUUACAGUAUUAUUGUAUAUAACUAUUUAAAGUUUAUUAUUUAUUUACAUUUUAAGAAAUAAUUCAAGAAUAAAAUCUGAAUUCAAAUUCCAAAA